CUGCGGGCGCGGCGCGAGGCCCACGGGGCCCGCGUUCGAGUCGCCGCCGUCCUCUUCUCCUAGGGCUACCAACCAACCGUCUACUACCCCAAGACACCUAACAAACCGCUCUUCACUGCGCUGGUGACUCAGUGUCAGAAAAUGGACAUCCCUUUCCUGGGCGAAAUGCCUUCAGAGCCCAUGGUGAUCGAUGAGCUGUAUGAGCUGGUGGUAGAUGCCAUCUUUGGCUUCAGCUUCAAAGGCGAUGUUCGUGAGCCGUUCCGCAGCGUCCUGAGCAUCCUGAAUGAACUCACUGUGCCCAUCGCCAGCAUUGACAUUCCCUCAGGAUGGGAUGUGGAGAAAGGAAACUCUGGAGGGAUCCAGCCAGACAUGCUCAUCUCUUUGACAGCACCCAAAAAGUCUGCAACCCAGUUUACCGGCCGCUACCAUUACUUGGGGGGUCGUUUUGUACCACCUGCCCUGGAAAAGAAGUACCAGCUGAACCUGCCACCCUACCCUGACACCGAGUGUGUCUACCGUCUGCAGUGAGGGAGGCAGGUGAGCGCGCCUCCCAAUAAAGACGGUCCCCUCCCCCAUAACUGGAGGCCUGGGAGCUUUUCUGGCCUUGUAUUAGUGGUGUGGGAGCCAGAGGGCAGCACUGGGAUGUGGUGUUCUCUCCUUAAACGACAGGCAGGAAGAGACCUGUGCCACUUGAAGCAAUGAAAAGUAACACAUGCCAGGAGG